AUGUGCGUGUGGAUGCUGGUGUGUUCGGGCGGGCGGUACUUCAACGUGGGUCCGCCGUCAUCGUCGCCGUUCCCCCUGGCCGCGUGGACCACCGGCGGACUGCGCGAGCGGUUCGAGAGCGAGACCGAGGACCGCCGUGGCCGCACCACCGCCAUCGCCAGCCAGGCGCACGACAGGCACGACUUUGAUUGGUGCGGAUCGGGCGGCCUCUUCGACGACGAGGACGCCUACAAGGCCUGGCACAUCAAGAGUUGGCAUGAGGGCGAGCCCUGUCGGCAGCUGAGCUGUCCCGCGGCGGCACGAAGUGUCGCCGGCCUCCACGUGUGGCCGCCGGAGCUGGCCGCCGUGGCGGGCUGGGCCAACGGCCACUUCCUCACCCAGGAGGCCGGCGGCCUCCUCUACUUCCACCUGGUCAACGGCGUCGUGCUCUCCUCCUGGCGCAUCGAAUCAAGCGGCGUAGUGCGGGAGUCGUUUUGUCGGGCGCCUUUGUCGCGCCUCACGCCCAGCGAUGUGUUCGCAGCCAACGCCACCGAGCUGCCCUCCGGCCAGAAGGUCAGCGCCCGCUCCCGCCAAGAAACCACCACCGACCAUCACACCCUCCAACUCUGCGCUGUGAUGACCCACGACCAGUUCCUGGCCGGGCUGGCGCAGUGGACGAACCGCGACAAACAGUGCGUGGUGAGCCCCACCGGGGUGCAUGUACUGUAUGACGCCGGGCGCGGCUUCCCGCACGUUCGGCAGUGCCGGGUCUACCACCUGGACGCGGGGUCCGUCGCCCGCUCCAACCGCGAGUUCGUGCUCGACGGCGACGGCGACAAAGUGGCCUUCUUCCCCGCUAGGCGUGCUGGCUAA